AUGUUCAAGCUCGUCGUUGUCGGCCUCGUUAUGGCUGUUAUUUCAGCAACCCACCCAAUCAGUGAAGAGAUGGUUAGAAGCAUCAGAGCUAAGACCAGCCUCUGGCAACCACAUGAGACUGAGACCAAUCCAUUCGCAAACCUCACCAAGGAGCAACUCUUCGCCAGAUGUGGUACUUACAUCGUCCCACCCAACAAACAAUACCCAGGCUCCAAACUUGUCUCAGUUCCAGAGAACUUCGACUCCAGAGAGCAAUGGGGAAAAGAGAUCCACGCCAUCAGAGAUCAACAACAAUGCGGUUCAUGCUGGGCUUUCGGUGCUACUGAGGCUUUCUCAGACAGAUACGCCAUCGCAUCAGGUGAUAAAAUUGAUGUUGUCCUCUCACCAGAAGAAUUGGUUUCCUGCGAUACCAACGAUUAUGGCUGCAAUGGUGGCUAUAUGGAUAUGGCUUGGGAAUUCCUUGCUGACACUGGAGCAGUCACCGAUGCAUGCUUCCCAUACACCGCAGGUGGUGGUAAUGCCCCAGACUGCGCAACUAAAUGCGUUGAUGGCUCUGAAAUGAAGAGAUUCAAGUGUGUUUAAAAUUCAGUCAGACAAUCUGCCAGCGUUGACCAAAUCAAAUCUGAAAUCUUCGCUCACGGUCCAGUUGAAGGUGCCUUCACCGUCUACACUGACUUCUUCAACUAUCAAAGUGGAGUCUACUCUCCAACUACCUCUGAUGUUGCUGGUGGUCACGCUAUCAAGAUCCUUGGUUGGGGUGUUGAGAACGGAACCAACUACUGGCUCUGCGCUAACUCAUGGGGCCCAUCAUGGGGAAUGAGUGGAUUCUUCAAGAUCAAGCAAGGUGAAUGCGGAAUCGAAGAUCAAGUAUUCUCAUGCGACCCACAACUCUGA